AUGCCUAUCUGGACUACCGAUCUCGUGAUUCUGGGGAUGACACUGAUUUAUAAUGGUUAUCUUGGGUGUUUACCUUUGUUUCUGAACAUUGCUAUCAGCCUUCAUACUCUUGCAGCCUAUCGGCAAGCUCACCGGACUUAUCCCCAAUUCACCAUCCAGGCGCAAUGCAAAACACUGUGCCACUUGCAUGAUAUGCUGUAUCACCCAUAUCUCUGCUCUCAAUUUUCUGCUGCUUAUGACACUUUUCUUGACAUUGUCUAUCAUGUUGAUGUAUUGCUGAAGCAGGCACUCAAGCAUGACACUCCAAACUGGCGGCUGUUGAAUGUGUGCCCAGCAUGUACUUACAAACUGGUAGAUGAAUCGCCACUCCAAUUUGCUUGGUUUGCCACCAUUGACGGCAAUAAUAGCCUUAAGCGCUGGGCAUCUUCAAGUCCUAAUUCUGUUCCUCGUGAUGACUCUCAUCGGCUGAGAUCGGACUACUGGAUCAGUCGUGAGGCAGUAGAUAAAUUCAAAGACGAAGUCAGGUCCAGAACUGCACUCGACAAGAACGACAAGGUCGAUAACUGGGAGGAUGUACGUGAUGGCAAAGAAGCCCCAGGCAAGGCUGUUUUCCAUUGUACAGCCCAUUGGUGCAAUGCUGGACCUGAACAACACAAGAAAAUGUUUUCAGUUUUCGAUGAAUCUGGUAUUUUCAUCACUGCAUGCCAUCACUGUUUUGUCUUGGUAGCCUGCAAUAUGAUUCACAGUGGAGAAUUAGUGAAGUAUCCGCUUGCUAUAAUCAAUCACCUAAUGGCUGUAUAUGGGCAGAAUGGCUCAUGCGCUUAUGACAUUGGUUGCGCAUUUUCGAAGACACUGAGUACUAGUUCUUUGGGUUUGUGUGCAGAUGCACUUGCUUUAUGCAUGAUGGUGUGCACAUUCCAUGGACAUGCUCAUAACCACAAAUGCCAGCUGGACUGGCACCCUAUGUAUAUCAGCAGGACUGGCCACACCGAAGGUGAAGGCUGCGAACAUAUAUUCUCACCAUUGAAUGAGCUCACAUGGAGUACGCGACACGCUAGUCCUUUCCAUUGGCAUCAGUCUAUUGAGGAACAUUUCAACUUCUGGGAUGCCAAUAAAUAUGCCACCUUGAGCAAAUUUUUGUUCAAUCAUUACCAGGAAGCAAUACAUGUCAUUCAAACCUUACAAGCCAAGCUCUCCAUCAUCAAACGCAAAUUAAAUCUGGAUGAUGCAGACUUUGUGAAGUUCUACGAUGAGGAAAAGUUGUAUCUUGAUCACUUGAAAGAACCUCCAAUCCGAGAUUGUCUUUGUAUUCAAUAUGUUGAAGUGCAAAAUGCAGAAGCCUUAGUUGCCCACAUGGAAAUUCAACUUCGCAUUGAGGAGCGCUGGGUUAUUGGGGGUCCCAAAUACAUUCAGUUCAAAGAAGAAGCAACAUUGGGCAAGUAUCGCAUGGCGUUAAAUGAACUGGAGUGCCUUGUAGUCAUGAGGCUUUUUGAGCUCUCAAAGCUUUCUUUGUCGGGCACAGGUAGAUAUAAACUAUGUCAGCAAAUCAGAAAGGCACUACAGCACUGUUCGGAGGCAAUUUGCAAUGCGAUCAACUGGUACAAUACCCAGGCUGCUGCACUUAACCUGCCACAUCCAAAAUUGUCCUGGAAGGACAUUGCAGAGUACAGCUUCUUGGGAGAAUUUGACUUAUUGUGUCACUCACGUACUGACAUCCGUGAACUUGACUGGAUGAAACCUGCUCACCAAGAAGUAUCUUGCCUCAAUGUCAAAGUCCGUCGAUUAUUCACCUUUGUCCAUAACGAGGAAAUGGAGACCAAAAAAGUUAUUAUGGACCUUCAAUUGUCUAAUCCCCUCCUCGCAUCUGAGCUGCAGCGACAAUGGCGAAGUCACUUGGCCACCAACAUGUUUCACAUCUUCCAUCUCAAUCAGAUCAAGGACCUCCCAAGUUACUCAGGCAUGUGGGGCAUUGGAUAUGCAGACACAGACAUCAUCCAGCAGGAGGAGCAUGCCGAAGAUAUGGAGAAUAUGGCUAGCUAUCUUGAUUCCGUUGUAGAUUAA